CGUCCUUGAUAUGGUGGAUGGCUUUUGAAAGAUUCUCUCUCUCUCGCUUCGCUCUUUAAUUAGAAAGAGACAAAAAAAAAAGAAAGAAAGAUUCCGUGUUUCUUAUGGUGUCGUAUCAAAACAGAGUAAGAAAACAGAGUUAUUCUUCUUAACAAAAGUGGUGCACUUCUUCGUUGACCUGUUUCCUUCAUCUGUAGAAAGUUUUCAAUCAAGAAAUAGGGAUUUAUUGUUUGGUCUGUACGAUGAUGAUGAUGGUGUCUGCUGGCGAAUUGGGAGUAUACGUGGUGGAGAGCAAAGGAGGAGCAAUAGCAUGCAUCACGCUUUCUCUCCUCUGCUUAGGCACUUGGCCUGCUCUGUUGGCUCUUCUUGAACGACGUGGCCGUCUCCCACAACACACUUAUCUCGAUUACUCCAUCACUAACUUCUUCGCUGCUAUCUUCAUAGCCUUUGUGUUUGGUCAAAUAGGCGAGAGUACACCAGAGGAGGCACCAAGUUUCAUUACCCAACUCACUCAGAUUCAGGAUAACUGGCCUUUGGUGUUGUUUGCAUUGGCGGGUGGGGUGGGUUUAAGUAUUGGGAACUUAGCUACUCAGUAUGCUUUAGCUUUUGUUGGUCUGUCUGUUACAGAAGUCACAUCCGCUAGCAUCACAGUUGUUAUAGGCACGAGUGUCAAUUACUUUCUGGACAACAAGUUAAACCGAGCAGAUGUUCUUUUCUCUGGUGUCGCAUGCUUCUUGGUAGCCGUUUGUCUUGGCUCUGCUGUCCACUCUUCUAACUCUGCUGAUGUAGAAGCCAAAUUUGGAAAACUCUCAGGGGAUUGUAAAACUGUGAGCCAAGAAGAGUACUGUCAGAGACUAUUUGGAGGUGAAGAGGAGGAGAUGGAGAAUGUAAAAGAAGGAACCGCACCUUUUCUUAUAGCACUUGAAAACAAAAGAGCAAUCAAAGUGCUUGGAAAGAGCAUGGUUGUUGGUCUAUCAAUAACCUUCUUCGCUGGCCUUUGUUUCUCACUCUUCUCGCCACUAUUCAACCUUGCAACAAACGAUCAAUGGCGCACUCUAGAACCAGGCGUUCCCAAGUUGAUUGUAUACACUGCUUUCUUCUACUUCUCACUGUCCUGCUUCGUAAUCGCCGUCGCUCUCAACGUUACUUUCUUGUACAAACCUGUACUAGAUUCACCAAGAUCUUCCUUUAAGGGUUACCUAAAUGACUGGAACGGGAGAGGUUGGGCUCUUUUGGCUGGAUUGAUUUGUGGGUUUGGUAAUGGUCUUCAGUUCAUGGGUGGACAAGCUGCUGGAUAUGCAGCUGCAGAUGCUGUGCAGGCACUUCCUUUGGUGUCAACAUUUUGGGGGAUAUAUCUGUUUGGGGAGUAUAGGAGAUCGUCUCCGAGAACAUACGCUUUGCUUGUUGGGAUGCUGGUCAUGUUCGCUGUAGCUGUGGGGCUUCUCAUGGCCUCGGCUGGGAAAAGAGAGACGCGGUGACUUUAAAGAGUUUCAUCGGUUUGACCAAAUAAGAUAGUGUGGCUGGCUCUUCGUUAUGUUUGUACAUUGUGGUUUACUUCAACUAUAUAUUCGUUAACCUCUUUGUUCGUAUAAGGAUAAAUAAAAAAAAACAAAGAUUGAAC